UGUCGUCCGUCGUCGUGGUGCAUCUUCCCCGGGGAAUAAGAAUGAUGCCGCGUUGAUCUUGACUGCCGAUUAUUGGUUCGUUCGUCAUCGUAAAACGUCUCUUCGCGCGCAUAUGUGUUAAGUGUUUAGAUGUGUAAAAAUGGCCCAGGAAACAGACGAAAUCAAUUUAACACCCCAGGAGUUACAGAUACUCUCGGAACUCGAUAGUUGGCAAUUUGGCUUUUUAAAGUUGAAUUCUCCAGAACAGACCAAGAAAAAAGCUCUGGUAGUACGUGCAAUAAAAUAUUUGGAAAAGAUGCUUGUACAGGCUCAGUCUGAAAAACAACGGAGAAAGGCUGACAGUACUAAAACCAAUUUAGAAGGCUCUAAGGAUGAUGAUGACAAUGAUGACGAAGAAGAUAAGGGUAUCAGUAUUGAUCCUAAGACAUACUGCAAAUUAGGUCAUUUUCAUUUGUUGCUUGAAGAUUAUAACAAAGCAAUGUCUGCGUAUCAAAAGUUCUAUGAAUUAAAGGGGGAUUAUUGGAAGGAUGCCUCCUUUCUUUAUGGACAAGGAUUGGUUUAUUUUCACUUUAAUGCUUAUUCAUGGGCAGUGAAAGCAUUUCAGCAGGUGCUAUGGGUGGAGCCAGGAUUUCCACGGGCCUGCGAGGUACACCUUAGGCUUGGCUUGAUGCUGAAGGUCCAUGGUGACUACGAGGCAGCACUCAAGCAUCUGACGCUCGCCCUCAUUGACGUUACCACACCUGCCUCGUUCUCCAAGCUUGAAAUCAAGUUCCACAUAGCGCACCUGCACGAGGUACAGGGCAAGUACCGCCUCGCCAAGGAGCAUUACGAAGCAUUACUCAACGAGAAGACAUUGCCGGCCCACCUUACGGCCGAUAUCUGCCGACAGCUGGGAUGGAUGUACCACGUGGUUGAGGUGAGCAUCCUUGGGGUUACGCACCAGCAGAAGCAGGCAUUGGCGAUCUGCUGCUUGCAAAAGUCCAUCAAGGCUGAUCCCAAAAGUGGGCAAAGUCUCUACUUACUCGGCCGCUGCCAUGCGGCAUCGGGACAAGUCCACGAUGCUUUCCUCGCUUACCGCAAUUCGGUGGAGAAGAGCGAAGGCAACGCCGACACCUGGUGCAGCAUAGGAAUACUUUAUCAGCAGCAGAAUCAACCGUUGGACGCUUUACAAGCCUACGUGUGUGCUGUUCAACUCGACAAGUCGCACUCGGCUGCUUGGACGAAUCUUGGUAUACUUUACGAGAGCCACAGCCAACCGAAAGACGCCCUUGUUUGCUACGUUAACGCCUCAAGGGGCAACAACAAUACACCGAACUGUGGCAACAGCUCUCUUAGUAGCCAGUUGAGUGGCGCUAGUAAGUCGAGUGGGGGUACUGGUCCAAUGAACCCCUCUCUACAACAACGCAUCAGCUUUCUACAAAACCAUCUCAGCCAAGCACCCAUGCCUUCAGUGGCUACCAAAAGACGUCAAUUGCCAUCAAUAGAAGAAGCUUGGAAUAUGCCAAUUAGUGCGGAAUUGUCGAGUCGUCAACAGCAACAGCAGCAACAGCAAGCAGCAGGUGGGCCGGGGUAUAAGUAUCCAGGAGGACCACCUGGACCACCGCCACCGUACCCACAAGGACAAAAUCAGAAUGUUGCUAAUAAACGCUUUAAGCCAGGAGAAGAAGGCGCAGCAGGUCAGCAACAAGCACAACAACAGCAACAACAACAACGACCACCGUCAUUCUACCUGACCUCCCAGCAGCUGCAAAUGCUACAGUUCCUGCAGCAGAAUCACGGUAGUCUGACUGCACAGCAGCAAGGACUUUUGGCGCAAUUGCAACAUCAAUAUCGAGCUAUGCAACAGCAUCAACAACAGCUCAGGCUUCAGCAGCAACAAGCUGCUCAAAAAGGUCUGAGACCUGGACAGCCUGGCUAUCCUAUUGGUUAUGCUGUCCAGCCACCUGUGCAACAAGCAGGUGUCAUUAAGAACUAUGGAAUGCCACAGCAACCAGUUAGUUUUCGAAUUCAAAGUGGAUCAGUAGCUCUACAGACUGGUUUCUCAGAUUCAAACGCAGCUUACAACGCAGCAACAGCGACGGUCAAUUGCCAGACACCAGGCAUGCCUUAUAAAUCUGCGGCGGAUCCGAAUUUUCGACCACAGCAGCCGGCAACCGGCCAACAAUUCAACCAGCAGCAACAGCAGCAGCAACAACAACAACAACAACAACAACAACAACAACAACAACAACAACAACAACAACAACAACAACAACAACAACAACAACAACAGUUCCAAAAUCAACAGGGACAAUUCGAUGCGCAAGGUUACACGCAAAUUUCAUCGACGACGAAUUCUUAUCCCGAAGGCUCGUCUGUUAACAAUACCGCUGCGAAUAAAGACGCUGGUCUCGGUGUCACGGAUCAGGAGCUACAGGCACUGCUGUCGCAAAAAGAUAUCGCUACCUCACUUGCUGAAGAUUUGUUGAAACAUUUUGGUUCGGAAGAUUAUGAUGUGAAAGAUGACAAUCAGCAGCCUUUGAAUAAUGGCACACUGAGCUCGGGACCCUUUUCACCGUCAAAUCUUAAUGGCGAAGUUGAUAAGACUAAGAGAGUGAAGAUUGAGAAACCAGAUGAACCAGCACCCACCCCAGUAGUUAAAACAGAACUAAAAUCCGCAGUAGAGACAAUCAAAGCAGAGGCAACGUCAAGUACAAACAAAGUAGACUCAUCUCUUCUACGUUGUGAGCCGGUAUUACGACUCGAACGUCUAUGCGAGACGCAAACUGAACCGGAGGUUAACAUAGAAAUGACAUCUAAGCAAAUUGUCGAUCUAUGCCGAAAUCGACCUCUCAAAGGUGUACCUAGUUGUUGGUCGAUACUCAGCGAUAAAUCACCACCACCGACACCACCUGAUCCACCAGCACAAAAGCUGACCAAAGAGCAACUUUUACCUGCCACCCCAAGUGUUUAUCUGGAGAAUAAGAAAGAUGUGUUCAGUCCGAUUCUUCAAGAAUUUUGUUUGAAGCAUCCAAUCGCUGUGGUACGCGGAUUGGCUGCUGCCUUGAAACUCGAUUUGGGAUUAUUCUCAACAAAAACGUUGGUUGAAGCGAAUCCCGAUCACACGAUUGAAGUACGUACUCAGCUUCAGCAGACAAGUGAUGAGAAUUGGGAUCCAGUCCUUGCGAAAAAAGUAUGGGGUUGCAUUAGUCAUCGGAGUCACACUACGAUUGCCAAAUACGCACAAUACCAGGCGUCGAGUUUCCAGGAAAGUCUGAAGGAAGAGCGGGACAAAGCUGCCGGUAUUCACACCACGUCCACAUCGAAUCUUUCGGACAGUGAUUCGAAAGACAGCACUGGAAUUAAUGUUAAGAGGAAGAAAAAUAUCUACGGAUUACCAGGAAAGUCGGGUGCGAAAAUGUUGCGAUUCGGUACGAACGUGGAUUUGUCGGACGAGAGAAAAUGGAAAGCUCAAUUACAGGAGCUUAUGAAGUUGCCGGCUUUUGCUAGAGUCGUAUCGGCUGGUAAUAUGUUGAGCCAUGUUGGUCAUGUGAUUCUUGGUAUGAACACUGUGCAGCUAUAUAUGAAAGUUCCCGGUAGUCGGACUCCGGGACAUCAGGAGAAUAAUAACUUCUGUUCAAUAAACAUUAACAUUGGACCUGGUGAUUGUGAGUGGUUCGGUGUGCCUGAUGCCUACUGGGGUGUUAUUCAGUCGCUUUGCGAAAGAAAUAAUAUCAAUUAUCUGCAUGGCAGCUGGUGGCCAUCGAUGGAAGAUUUAUAUGAGGAAAAUGUUCCUGUGUACAGGUUCGUACAGAGACCGGGUGAUCUUGUGUGGGUUAAUGCUGGUUGCGUUCACUGGGUACAAGCGGUUGGUUGGUGUAAUAAUAUAGCAUGGAAUGUGGGUCCAUUAACAGCACGUCAAUACCAAUUGGCAAUUGAACGCUACGAGUGGAAUAAACUUCAAGCGUUUAAGUCGAUUGUUCCAAUGAUUCAUUUAUCGUGGAAUCUCGCAAGGAAUAUUAAGGUUUCGGACAAACGAUUAUUCGAGCUCAUUAAAAAUUGUUUACUAAGGACUAUGCGACAAUGUUGCUUGAUCCUCGAAUACGUCAAGUUCAAGAAUGUGGAAGUGCGAUUCCAUGGUAGAGGCAAGAACGAAGCGUCGCAUUAUUGUGGUCAGUGCGAGAUUGAGGUGUUUAACAUAUUAUUUAUCCGUGAGCAAGAAAAGCGUCAUGUAGUACACUGCCUAGACUGUGCGCGAAAACAAUCACCAUCUCUCGAAGGUUUCGUCUGCCUCGAGGAGUACAGGAUGCGUGAUCUUAUGGACGUCUAUGAUAACUUCACCCUUUGCACGCCUCAGCAACAGCAACAACAUCACAACCAACAAUUACAUCAUCAUCUUCAGCAACAGCAACAGCAGCAACUUAUACAGCAACAACAACAGCAACAAACACCAUCACAGUCUAGUUCUCAGAUUUCCUGAGACGACGACGAGCACAGAUACAUGGACUACUUCGGCUCGGACUGAACACGAUAGUUCAGAGUGUCUGUGCGUGUACACUGAAACAGCAAAAAAAUUGAAAAAUCUAUAAUGUGAUAUAUUGCAGAGUAAAAGUGUAAGUGUCAAGUCUAUGAGAAGUGCGACAAGUGCAAGUUACCCCCCUUCCCCCGCGACACGACGAUGAAUCUCGAAAUUUCUUCGUCGUUUCUGUGUACAAAGGACUCUCAAUACGCUAGUUUAAUUGUUCGUUUCCCCUCUUUCCCAUCAUUGAAGUUCUCUUCAAAAAGAACUAUUUUUCGUUUGUUUUCUAUAACAACGUUUAUAGUUCUUUCAUGGCGUGUGAUAAUUAAUAUUUUUUUGUUAGUUUUUGAAUUGUACAUUUUAAAAGUGAUUUAUGAGAUAUCGAUUAUGUGGAAUCAUGAGUGCAGAUUUAUUUUUUUUCUAUAUAUUUUUUCUUUUCCUUUUUUUUUGUUUCGUGUAAAGCGAUUCUAUGUUUUUUGUUUCUUUUUUCCUGAACAAACAUCGAAGUUCGAUCAUGUCAUAUGAAAUAAAUUUUUCGAGAUUGUACAUUGUUAUACGAGCUAUUGAUCUGUUUUAGGCUUUAGCUAAGAUGCUCUUUGAAGUUAUAUUAAUAAUAAUGCAAAAAACUAUUCAUCGUGUCACUGCCAAAUUGGAAAAUUCGCGCUUCUUGUAAAUAUAAUAUUUAGAAACUCGUGCAAUCAAGCAUCACAAGUAUACAAGAGAAAAAAAAUCAUGUAACAGCAGUUCAAAACACUACUCAGAAAAUAAAAAUAAAUUUUCAAUUUAGAUAACGCGGAAAAAAAUAACGUAAUCAAAAAUAUAUAAACGCGAAUGUAUUUGUAUUUUUCUCGAUAAAAAACAAACAAUUUACAUAAUAUACGCAAAUAUGCUGUGAUGUGCUAACAGGUACACAUGUAAACAAGUAUAAUGUAACACUGAAAAAAUACUGACAAAGCAUAUACAUACAAAAGGAAAUUUAUCUUUGAAGGAAAUACAAAGAUUUUAUUUUAGUAUAACAUUGAAAUUUCGUAGGUGUUAUUAUAAAAAUAAAAAUUACAACUGUGAUUUUUUCUACAAAGAUAAUUUUCCUUCGCGUAUAAUUCAUUAUUUUUUCUAUAAACCAAUUCGAGUCCAGUAUGAAAUAGGAUGGUUUUGUGCGACUCACAAUUCAAUGAAAUUUCAGCGCGUAAAAAGCAAGAAGCUUACAGAUGAAAUUUUUCUGAAUUUGCAAUCAAUGUUUUUGUGUAAUAAAUUUAAUUACUCUUUAAAAACGUGAAAAAUAUACUGUCUUGUAAACGUGUCAAUUUGCUUAGAUGAAAAAAAAUUAUCUAGCUGACAAAACGCGUAUUUUUGAAAGCUUAUCAAAGUUAUAUAUUUAAUGACAAGACAACACAGCAUUUUACCGUACAAUGAUAAAUGUGUCGAAUGACUUCGAAAAGUUUGUAAAGCAAAUACUAGUAAAAAUAAUUAUGAGUUAUUCAGUAAAAGAAAACAAAAACAUACCGAUAUGUUCAAUGAUCUCAAAUAGCGUCAACAUUGGUAGACGUCGGCAACGUAAAUGAACUCUGCCAAUCUUUUUGAUUUUUUUUUGUUCAGACUUCUACCUUUUUUUUCUUAUUACAAUCUAGUGUUAAAAGUAAAUUUGUUUACAUUAUCUAUAUAAGUAGUUUAUUAAUAAGGAAACACCGGAAAAACGUUGACGAAACUUAGUUAGCGCGAAUGGAAGUAAUUAUAGUGAAAUUGGGCGAAACUUUAGAAUAUAACGAAAUUUAGUAAGAAAUUUGAAGAAAUGUGACUAUACUUUUGAUAUAUGUGCUAUUUUGAAUUCGAAAUAAAAGUUUCAGUUAUUAAAAACAAUUAUUUUUAAUAAUCAUGUAAUGAUUUAGUUUGAUUUAGCAAUAAUCAAUUUCACUAUGGUUCACUUUCUUAUUAUGGUCAUUUUCGCUGUGUACGCGAUGACUCUAUUUGUAGGCUCAGUUCGUUAGAAAAUUGAAAUGAAUGAAGUUCGUUAGGUAUAUAUAUAGGAAAUAUAUUAUAUUUAGAGCCGCCUUUUUAACAAGUCAAUUUCUAUCGCAAUCAUUCCAACUUCAACAGACAAAUGAAACUCGGAUUUGUAUUUAGAAUAAUUGACGUUGUUAUAUUCUGUAUUAAUCAAAUUUUUCACACAAGAAAUGUUUAUUAAUUUAAAAGUCAUUGAAUGUAUUUGUAUCGUUCUGUGUUCAUAUUUUUUAUAUUGACAAUUUUCUUCGAUUGAUUUUAACUGUGCUUACAUAAAUUUUUUGUCGGUAAACAUGGCACUUCUGACUUAUUCUAAGGCAAUAAAUGAAUAAAAUCUAAAUUCUUGAAAAUCCGGUCCGAAUAAUUGUUUGUAUAAGUACUAGAAAUGAUGAUGAGGGAAACUAGAUUUAUUUUGCGGAUUCAAUUGUAUAUGUAUAUAUAGACAAUGAUUUUUUCUUUUCGAUUUGUCUGUUUUUUUCUACUCUUUUGCGAACAAAUGUGAAUAAACAAAACAUUUGUAAUACAUAGAAUUAUUUAUAACCGUAAUGUACUUACAAAUUCUCUGUAUCAUACCACGUCCCUUUCUGAGCGCAAGCAAAGAAAAUUAAUAAGAAAAAACAAUCUCGCACGUUUCGCGCAGCGUUGAACAUUCAUUUAAAUCAGCGGAGUAACUGUCUUUUUACUUAUCAACAUGAUAACAAAAUUAAUCUUUCUUCUGGAUUUAUUUCUACAUUUUAGUUAAUAUAAUAGAACUGAAAAAUGAUUGACUUUUUUUUUCGUUUGUUCGAGUACUUAAAGUAUGAAUAAAACUUUCAAUUGUACAUUGCAAGAAAUUUGUGCAAACAGAAUUAUGAGUUUAUUCGAAUAAAUAAUUUUUAAUAAAUAUACUAGAUUUUUUAGUAAAUAUACGUAAAUUCAUUUCAAUUAAUAAUUGCGCAACCAAUAACGUAGCAAUAUGUAUAUAUUAGUAAAGAUAUAUUAAAGUAAAGUUUUAAUUCGCGAUUAGAAGUAAGAUAGAAUUUUAAAAAUGUAAUCUUAUUUUGGUAAAAGAAAAACUUCUAUUGGUGUGAACAAACAAAAAAAAAAACAGAAUUUUCAUUUCAUGUAAUAAUCUCAAUUGCAACGCUCGCGAAACAUCUGCUGUCACGCGACUAGAGUCUAAAAGAAACAUAUUUUCGGAGAUCGGUUGCAUAAAGUCGAUAUUUUUAUAAAACAAAAAUAAAAACUCCGCAGCAAAUAAGGAAAUCGAGAUUUAAAAAAAUAAAUAAAUAAAUAAAACACUUUGGGGAACGUUCACUGCCAAAAUGUGAUACCGUAAGUCCACCUUUCGAGAAAGAGAGUGAAGUAGAGAAAGAAAUAUAAAAGCAAUGCUUGGGUGCGCUCAUCUAUGUGUAUGUACUAAUGUUUACGUGUACAGUGCCUUUGUAACUUAAACACGAUCGGCGAAUAAUAAAAGAUAAAUAAAAAAAAAUGAAAACUCUCGGGUCGGCGGCGUUCACCAAAGAAAAUCGAAAAUCAUCUUUUAUCCCCCCGGGAGUGUGUGCGACGCCUCUAUCGUGCGUUUAAAACUUUGUAACGACAUUAUCUAGGAACUAUGUAGUAUAAUUUAGGGAUUAUUAUUAUCGAUUAUUAUGAUUAUUAUGAUUAUCAUUGUAAAACCUGUACAGUACGGCAAAAAGUCGCGUUAUCGCGACCCUUUAGCUAGCUCUAUUAUUAUCAUCAUUUAGCGAUCAUCACUGCGAUUGAUUGAUAAUAUUGUGUUUACCAUAUUAAUGUAAUAUACAGUUACGCUGAAAUCACUGAAUUACAUCUAUUUUUUACUUUACAAUACCUUAUCCUAGAUCACGAUCUAAAAAAGUUUGAUGUUAUGUCUGUUAUUUCUCAUAAAAUAUUCUUGACUAUUCAGCGCAUGUUCAUUUUUGUGCAUUUAUCGAAUCGUAGGUCACAGUUUUAUCGCACUCUACGUAGUGUUGAUACUGAUUGCUUAGAGAAGCUUGCUUAGAGAAGAGUCGACUGCUCAAAGGAAAAUCAUGAAGUUCUUUACAUUUCUAUUGGUUUCUUUUGCUAUAAAAAUUGGUAUCCUAUUUUCUUUCAAUUUCAAUUUAAAUUUGCAAAUACCUUUAUUAUAUUGAAAUAUUGGAAGACAACGUGAAAAUAUCAGUUGGGAAAAUGGAUUUUAUAAGCUUCGAAUUCAAGUUAAAAUUUGGGAAACACAUGUUCCAUGUUACAUAACAUUUCACUAGCCAAUUUUAUUCACUUUGUACCAUGAAAACAUGAUUAUUGGUAAAAUGUUAUUUUUUAAAAAGUUUUGAAAAUGUUAAUCAAUAAAUGAAUGUUUCUUAUAAAUAAGUUUAUAAUUUAUUUGUUCGAUAAAUACGGAAAGAUUAGUAAUGUGAAUUAUUAACGAUAUGAAAACAUUGAAAAAUCUAUAAUCAUAGAUGUCUCUUGGAAAAAUAGCUUUUUCACUACUAAAUAAAAAAAUCUAGGAACUGCUCAAAAUACAUUCAUUCAGAUUAUAAAAUAAAGAUUCAACUAAAUUUUGUUAGACAGCGCUAUAAAUUACAAUAUUAUGAUAAUAACAUCACCAUAUAAUCAUUAUAAAAAAACAUCCGAUUACUUGAUCGUUGUAUUUUAGAUUCAACUCAUCCGACAAUUCAUUUUUUCUCCACACAGCGCGUGCGCAUGAGUCUUUAUCUGGUGUAGUCAACGCAUGCGUUUUGGCAUACCGUAGUCUCAACUAAGAGACCCACCGCCAUCUAGUAAACUGAAAUUGAACUUUUUCCGGUACAAUUUACAAAAUAACAGUUUUUACGUAAUGCCAUCAAGAAAUUCUGUCUUGCGUAAACAU